UUUGUCUCGGUACUAGGCAUCAUGCAGACCCACGAACAAGCAUAGAAACCAUCCUGGACCGGACAGGUCACCCCCAUUCAUAACAAACUCCAUAAACUUCACCCAAAGCAUCAGGAUCACUGCUCUCAAGAACAAUAAGCAAGAAAAUCACAUCAGACAACUACAAUGCUAUCACAUUCUGACAUGGUCAAAGAGAGGAAGCAGCAAGCAUCUGCCAUCAUGAAGGAAAUCCAGAGAAAUGAAUCACUUGGAAUAGACCUUGGAAAAAAGGUCAGCAUUCCCAGAGACAUCAUGCUGGAAGAACUGUCGGUGCUUAGUAACCGAGGGGCAAGGCUAUUCAAGAUGCGUCAAAGGAGGUCUGACAAGUACACAUAUGAAAACCUUCACUUUUUAUCCAGCAAGCCAAGAAACCGGAAUGAGAUCCUGCAGUGUGUUCCAGUGGAAGUUAGCGGCAUGGAAGGUGGCCAGCAGCAUGCACCAAGCACCCCUCCCAACACACCUGAUCCACGGAGUCCACCAAACCCUGAAAUCAUCGCCCCAGGAUAUUCUGGACCACUGAAGACAAUUCCUCCAGAGAGGUUCAACACUACAUCUGUACCAAAAUACUAUCAGUCACCUUGGAUAGAAGCCAUCAGCAAUGACCCAGAGCUGUUGGAGGCUUUAUACCCUAAACUGUUCAAGCCAGAAGCAAGGCCAGAGCUCCCUAAUUUUAAGAGCUUUAACAGAGUUGCCACUCCAUUUGGUGGUUUUGAGAGAGCAUCAAAACUGGUUAAGUUCAAGGUACCAGAUUUCAACCUUCUGCUGCUAAAUGAUCCACGAUUCAUGGUCCUUGCCAAUCCUCUUUCAACCAGGCGGUCCUUCAACAGGACUCCUAAAGGAUGGACUUCUGAGAAUAUUCCCAUUAUGAUAACUAUACAGCCUACAGAGGCCAAUGGUAUUCCAGAAACCGAUGACCUGUGAAAAGAAAGUGGAGCAUGCUUCACAAAUCAGAAUCUAUAUGUUGGUAUUCUGAUAGUUUAACAUGUGCUACUUCUGUUCCAACAUCCUAUCUUAUGUAGCUGAAAUAUAACAUCUAAUACUGUAACUUUUUUCUGGAGUUUUAAUUUUCUCCUACAUAUCUAACACAAAUAAAAUAACUUGUCCAUUACUCAAAAAAAAA